AUGUCAAAAUUUCAUCUUUGACAGGUCUUGCGUGAUUUCUUCUCGGCAAUCCAGGAAAAAGAAAUGAACAAUUAAUUUUAAGAAAAAUAAAAAUAUUUAAAUAAACCUUAGCUAAAAUGUCGUCCCUAACUCGUCUAAUCGAACACAAUCUACGCAAUUCAGGAUCAAAAUACUCCUUGAAUCAAAUAAGAUUGUUGUCAUCCCAAACCACAGAAACUUCAGCUAACGAUCCCGAAGAAGAAUUCCGAGUGUUGAAUCUACGUGCUGUUCGAAAUGUUGCACCUAGAAGAAAACCAUUUAAAAAAGACCCGAUUCCACCACCCAGAACUCAUAAAAUGGCAACGGACCAAGAUUGGACAGCUGUGUGGCCAGGUCCAAGGACAUUUCAUCCUGCAACAGUGCCAUUGCCAAUUAGACAAGGUUUCACAGAAAAAGGUGCUCCAGCACCUUCAAAGUUCGGCAAUGCUGAAUUAAUGAAAAUUCCUAAUUUUCUACAUCUAACACCACGCGCAAUUAGACAGCAGUGUGAAGCUCUAAAGAAGUUCUGUACUCCAUGGCCAAAAGGCUUAGAGAAUGAAGAGAAAUGCAAGGUUCAUUUCCCAGUUGAAGUAAUCUAUGGUGACUUUGUUCAUGGAUUGCCAACUAUUCGUAACAUUGAAGCUCGACGAGUUACAUUGAAAUUGAAACUUUCCUGCUUGAAAUUCGAUCAGCAUGCUAGGGAUAAAUUCUUACGUCUGAUUGGCGAUAGAUAUGAUCCAGAAACUGAAGUCAUAACAAUUAUGACUGAUAGAUGUCCGUUGAAGAAACAAAACUACGAUCAUGCAAUGUAUCUGCUGACUGCAUGUUACCAUGAGUCUUUUAUCACAGAACCAUGGGAAGCAACAAAGUCGGAAGCAGAUAUGGAAACUUACUAUUUUAAUAGAAACAAAUCGAAGGUUUCUGCAGAAGCAAUUCUUAACUGGGGUAAAGCUAAGGAUGCAAAAACAACAACAGCCAGUGAAGGAUUCGCAAAGAGUGUAGAGAAUCUUAUUAAUGAAGGAGAAAACGAGUACAAUAUUCAAAAAUACAAAGACGAAGUUAAACAAUUGUUGGGCAUCGCUAAAGAAUAUUACUAUUUUGUGUUGGAGAUUGGAGGUAUAAACAAAUGCGACAUGAUUCAAUAAAAUACGGCCACUGCGUGAUGCCAAUUUCCAAGCUCAGAAUGGAGAGACAGGCAGCAGGAGGUUCAAUCCCUUUAAAAUGGGUAUACCAAGUACGGUACUACGUGUUGAAAUUUCGGCUGACUGAAUUGAACAUACGUGUCUCUGCACAGGUCAGGAAUUGGUACGUCCAUAAUCGCAUUAAAACUGGCAACCCUCUGAUUUUAAACUUUUCCACACCAGUCCAUAUGACAUCGGCGGAGACAACCCUCUUUUGUGUUGUGUUAAAUUACAUAUAGAAAUCAAAUAACAGUAAUAAAAUUGAAAUUUACAUAUGGAUCGUUUUUGAAGAAAAAAAAAGACUUGAAAAGAUGAUGAUUUUGAAAUUUGAA